CUCACGCUCGCCCGGGGCGGGUGCAGGUCCUCUUUCGACUGCCGCGGUGGCCUCCGGAGCGCCACGCUUCCUGCGGACCAGAAGAUGUCCGUGCGCGGGACGUACCCUCUGGGAUCCCGGCAUCGGUCCGUCACUGCGUCCGAUAGCUACUCAAGAAAACACCAUGAAAGAUACUGACAUCAAGAGACUGCUGUAUUCCAAUCUUUUGUGUAUAUUUUCAGUUUUCUUAAGCAUUUUUAUUCCAUCCCUCUUCCUGGAUAACUUCUCAAUACUGGAAACUCACCUGACUUGGCUGUGUACGUGUUCUGCUUCUGUGACUGGUGUCAAUCUCCUGUUACAUUUAGUAGUGAAACCAAAUGUGUCUUCUAGAAGAAGUUCCUUAUCACACAAGGUGACCAGAGUUUUGAAAUGCUGCAUCUACUUUCUUCUGUCUUGUUUUUUCCUUCAUAUCAUUUUUGUUCUAUAUGGAGCACCACUAAUAGAGUUGGUGUUGGAAACAUUUUUAUUUGCAGUUAUCUUGUCUACUUUUACUACAAUUCCUUGUUUGUGUUUGCUAGGACCAAAUCUCAAAGCAUGGCUGAGAGUUUUCAGUAGAAAUGGAGUUACAUCCAUUUGGGAGAACAGUCUUCAGAUCACUACAAUUUCCAGUUUUAUAGGAGCAUGGCUUGGAGCAUUUCCUAUUCCACUGGAUUGGGAAAGACCAUGGCAGUUUUUGUGGUGCCAUUGUUAUUCUCCAAUAAAUCAAAUUCUACAGAUCAAGACCUCACUGUGGCUCAUAAUGUUGAUAGAAUCUGCCAGAAAAGCAGAUAAGGGGAUGAUGGGGUUAGCUAAAUGUGGGGACUUUGCUAGAGCAAACUUUGAGAAGAUACUACUGUAUAAACUCUGCAGUCUAAAAUACAGCACUCUAUUAAAAGAUUUUAGUUCUCCGUUCCUUGCAACCCACUACACACUUGAUAUGUUUACAUUAUGUUCAAAGCAAGCAUCUCUGGGUUAUGUUUUGUUUAUAUUUUGGAGAAACGGGAGUGUCUGGUUUCUUUAAAAACAUACAUGAAUGAACACAGAGAGACAACAAAGCCUGUCAUGUGUGAAUGCCAUUUUCUCUCCUCUGAAUUCAGAUUUGAUUUUGUAUAAUGUUUGGAUUUUGUAUAAUGUUGUUGUUUGUAUAAUAAUUGAUUGUGUUCUAUAAUGAGAAAUCUCAAGUGUAUUUGUAGUUUUCAGAUGGAUUCUUCAUUAAGUGGCAGGGAAGGUCCAGUGAAAAUUAAUGCCAAUGAAAACUUACUUUCCACUUAAUGUGAGCCUUCUAUGAUUUUAGUAGUGAUAGGUGAUGAAAGCUAUCUGCAUAGUUGAAGAACGACCUCACUGUGUAGAAGGCAGCAAAAGAAGGUUGUUACAGAAAGUGGGUUAGGAGGUACCUGCCGUGCUUCUGUGACCUUCGAAAGAAGUGUUUUGCUGAUAGUGCUUCCAGCAAACACAAAUGCCAGCUUCAUUAUGUACACUGAGCUCUCAUUGUCAGCUGUCUUGUUCUUUCUGCCAGCAGUCUUUAGGUGAGUUAGUUUCCUUUUGUUUCUUGGGUAUUUUGUUAAACCUGUUUAUUGAGUUACUUCAAUUUCAUAUCAUGUUCAAUUCUGUGUGACAUUUCAGACAUGAAUACAACAUGAGUCAUUUGUAGGUCUCUAUGUACCAGGCAUGGGUUCUGGUGCUAUGCCAAAGGUAAUGUAAUCAUGGCAACUGUAGUGCAAGGUAGACCUCUUUCCUGUUCUUAACCACAAAGGCAAAACGUAGGAGGGAAGAGUACACACCAUGUUCACCCUUAUUUGACUGGCAAAAGGAAGAUUUAGGAUUCGAGCAAAAGCUACACCUACACCAUGAAUCUUUUCACUGCUGGGGACUGAAACAGUGUUUGUUUCCCUUUUUUUAAAGGCUUUGUUCUCUUUAGAAUAGCUUAAGUAGUAAAUUGCUUUCAUUUCCCACAUUGUUUCUUCUAAAUGUCCUUAUCACUCUGGUGAUGUAUUUUUAGACCAAAAUUUAAUACAUUUGUAGGAGCAUAUUUAAAGCUAAUUUACAAUGUCUUUGUGUCUGAAAAACUCAUGCUUUUUCUUUUUUGAGUGUGUGCCCAUGUGUAGCAUGUAGCAGUAGGAAGGUGUCAGGUGUCACGGCCUAUCAUUCUCUGACUUGUUCCACUUACUUGUUCUACAGACCUUUUUUGUGUGUUUGUGUGUAUCUGUGCACAUGUGUGUGCCCAUGGGAUCCAGGAGAGACACUAGAUCCCCCAGCUGGAGUUACAGGUGUUUGUGAGCCUCCAGAUAUGGGUGCCAUCAGAGUUAAAUAGGGAGAAACUGAUGGAUCUUCAGAGGAGGGGUUACUAGCUCUCUCUUCAGAUGGAAAGGAAGGUAAAACUUAAGCAAGCCAGUUCUACAUCUCACACAAGCUACUUUUCAGUGGGUUCAUUGUCCUGAACAAAUUCUCAUUUGCCAGACUAUUAGAAUUCAUCUGAUGAAGCCUGCUAACCUACCAUCUUCAAAUGAUCAUUUACAUUUCCUUUGAAUUCUGUCUUAUGUGUGUCAUGCUGGAUACUCCUAACGCAUUUAAAUGCUGCAGUCUGGUGAGGGACACACGAGUCUGCUAAUUGUAAAUGGACACUGGGCUGCACUUACUCUGACCUCUCCUACCACAAAGAGCAUAGUUAGUUAGGAAGUUACUGUGCUCUAGUUUGCUAAUUGUAAAUGAACACUGGCCUGCACUUACCCUGACCUCUCUUGUACUACAAAGAGCAUAGUUAGGAAGUUACUUGUAGAGUGGCGAAUUCCUGGUCAGGACUCCUGUCAAAAGUGACAGUUCACACUCCCUGACACACACACACAUGCAUGCACAUAUGCUGGCCUGACUAGUACCGUCCAUCUCUCAUGAAAGUCCUGCCUUGGUCCUGUCAGCAGAGCUUACAAUGAGCACAUCUUCUAUUAAGUAAUACUUUUCCCAGUCUUGAAAUGUGUAAACUAUACGUUAACAUUCUACUUUAAUACAGUAUAACCCCUUCAGGAAGGGAAAUACCAAUUCACCUAAAAUUACAUACGCCCUCAUUUGGUCAAAUCAGUGAUCUUUGUUUUAUCCUCUAUGACAUUUUGCAAUAACCAAUUCAGUAACAAUCCUAUGAUUUCUAGUUUCAAGUUAUGCAAGAAUUUGUGACAUUUGUGAUUUUUAGAAAAAGUUUCAUAAAUAUGAUUUUCUAUCCUGGUGAAAAAGAACCAUAUAUAUAGAGAUAGUAUCUUAUCCUGUGGCCCAGGCUGGCCUCAAACUCAUGGUGAUCCACCUUUGUCAGCCACCCUACCAACCUCUGAACUACAAGGUCACAGGCAUGCAGCACCAUCCCAGGGUGGUUUUUAUGAGAGAAGGUCUUGCUUUGCAGGUGUGCUAGCCAGUUUGCUGUCAAGUUGACACCAGCUAGAGUCAUCUGUGAGUAGGUAAUCUCAGGGAGAAAAUACCUUCUUUAGAUGAGGCUUUGACAAGCCUGUAGGGCAUUUUCUUAAUUAGUGACGUGGGAGGGCCAACGCAUGGUGGGCAGUGCUGCUCCUGGGCUGGUGGUCUUGAGUGCUACCUGAGCAAGCCAGGAAGCAGUGUCCCUCAUGGCCUGUGUACCAACUCCUGCCUGCCCUGUUGAGUUCCUGUGUGGACUUUCUUAGAUGAUGAAAAGAGAUGUGGAAGUGCAAAGCAAAUAAAUCCUUUCUUUCUUCCCCAAGCUGCUUUUGGAUAUGGUGAUUCAUUACAGCAUGGUCACCCUAACACAGCAUCUCAGGUUGCUUCAAACGAACCAUCCUCUUCCUUAGCCUCUGAGUGCUGGGAUAAAAGGCAGGUGCACUGUGCAUAACUAGGAUGCUAACUUUCCACCCAGUAGAGCUGCUCAUCUCUAAAAAUAAGGCUUUCCUUUGAUAACCUUACUUUAUCUACUUGCAUUGCAUUAUGUUAUGUAACACAAGAUGUCUCUUCCAUGUAGUGACUUUUAAGAAGCAUUUGAAGUGAAAAGAAACUAUUAAAAUAAAUGACUGUCACUUUGGUGGCAAACCCCAUGAAUGGCUUAAUAUCAAUGCCUUGGUUCUCAAUCCGAUUUUCCUUACAUAAAAACAAAUAGUUAUAUAUAGGGAUCUCAGAUUGGCAUAAUUUGAAGAAAUAUUUAUAUCUCUGCAGCUGAAAUAGCUCAUAGGUACUACAGAUUUUUAAAAAAUUACUAUUAUGUCAUAAAGAAUGUUAAAACAAGUGUGUCUGUGAAACAAGGAAAUAGUUUUAAAUGGAUCUCAUUUAAGAUCUCAUUAAAAUAGAAUUAAACCAGGCUGAUUUGACAAGUCAGCAUGGAUUCUGUACUGUGGUGUGGUUUUAAACAUUUUAAGGCAAUCAUAAGAAAGCCGGCAAGAAGCUGAUUAGGAGGAAAAGACUGUUAACAGUAAGGACUUAUGUGUCUCAGGAGGGUCACACCAGCACUCUUGGAGGCACAAAGCCUGGACCAUCACUAGGGAGCCAUCUGAAAAGUUGGGACAUUUUAUUUGCUGAUAUCAUGGUUGUCUUGAGUUUUGCAUAACAGUGAAUUUCUGAAUGUGCCAAGCUUUAACCCCACACAGGAGAAAAAAGUUUAAACCUUCAUUUAUUUCAUUUUUCACGUUCUUUGGAAGUGAAGUAUGGCAACUGUCUAGAGAAUGUGUACAAAUGUAUGUGUAUGUGUUUGAAAACAAUGCACCACACUGAAAUCACAGAGUGAUUAAAACAGAAUUUGGUAACCAAAAUCGAAAUUUGCCUGGGGCCACAGGGAUUGUCACUCUCCCCACACUCUGACUGACAGAGAGCUUUUUAGGGGUGCAAGUGCUCACAUAUUGCCAGGGGUGAGCAGUGUCAAAGCAGAGGAAAGGGAUUAAAUAAAAACUACUAAGGUAAGAAGUUCAGUGUUUUACAUAAGUAGCAAACUGCAUUUCAUUUUAUUUAUGACCCUAUACGUGAGGAAGGGACACUGUUGAAGUAACAAUCAUUUAAAAAGCAACAACCAACAAACCAGUAUUUAAUUUGGUAUUUAAAACCAAUAAUUAAAAUCAAAUGGAAGCAGUGUCUAAAGGAACUAAGAUAAUUCAUAACAAAUGGCACAACUCAAGCUCUACUUAUUGGAAAUAUGAUAAUUCAUCGCAAGUAAGCUACAAUGUACCUGUAAGGAUAGAGUAAGGGCACACAUUAGCAAAGUUCUAUUAGAUUUCAAGAGUCCCCAAAAGUGUAAAGGGUUUUAGAACAGAUUUUCUGUGCAAACCCUGAUCAGUGAGAAUUCCCUCUAAGUUCUUUUGUACAUGACCUUGUUUGAAGCAGGGUAUUCACUGGCACAAUUCAUGUUAGUAAAAGUUUUGAGAAGCAUUUUAUUUCCCAGUUAUUUCACUAGUUUGAAAGUUUUUCCAGAGAUUAGUCUGAAUUUCUGUUGCAACCUAUGCCUUUAAUGAAGAUAUGCUUCUGAAAAUAAGGCAGCUUCUCUAUAAUCUGCUCAUGAAUAGAAAACAAAUCUUUGGUUUUCUUUUUUUGGUUAAAGUGGCAGAGAAGAUUUUGCAAAAAGAAAUACUAAAUAACCAACACAAAGAGCUCUUAACAAGCAAUGGGAAACUCCAAACCCCAUCAAGGUAAAUAGAGUACCUAAGGCACCUCAGGUUCAGAUGAUACAAUCUUCUGCUUAGAGUUCGAGUGUUCUAUAUACAUGGUUCCUACCACCUGGAGAAGGGGAUGCUGAAAAGGUGACGUCCAACUAUGACUGCUAUGACUCAGAGGAGAGGGAAAAGAGCUCAUGAGUGGGAGGGACAGUGGAGAGCACUCUCAUGAGGAAACCGUGGUGACACAGUAUGCACUUCCAGAUUCUUAAUCCAUUUCUCUCAGAGCAUGAAAGUUCUCGACUUCAACUUCAUUGCCUUAUACACCACGUGUCAAGGGUUUCACAAAUGUAGAUUUGAAGAAAAAAGAAAAACCAAAACCCAUCAAAUCUCCAAAGGCAACUUGGAAAUGAAUAAUACUUUACUGUCGGGAUUCCUUCAUAUCAUGGGUUUGACAACUUAGCUAGCAUGUUAACUCAUUAUACAAUUUCUGUCAAUUCUAUCUAAAAACAAGACCAAAACUAAAUGGGAAAGUUACAGAAAUCCCAUUUGAGCAUACAUAAGGCUAUGAUGCUUAAUGUGAAUCACCACUGCUUGGAAAAAAAGAUAUCCCAUGUCCCCUUCCAAGAGAAAGCUCUUGUCCAGUAGACCAUCCACUACCAAGUGGGGGAGUGUGGUGCUUAUACUUCAAAAACUCCUACAAAGCUCACAUGCAAGACAGUACAUCUAGAUUUGUGACUGGUAUGAACAUUUAAGGCUGUCAUUUUCAAGUAUCAAUGUUUAGUGUUCCAUUACCCAAUCUGUGCAAUAGACAAAGCUGUAAGCACAAACCCUGGAAGAUAACAGAAGCUCGAUAAAGACCAAGAAAUUGUAGUUUAAGCAACAGCGAAUUUCAACCUAAGAAAGGCUGGCAACACGAUAUGGAUUAGAUUAUGCUUCCCUAAACUGCAUGAGCUGGUUCGAAUGGAAGCUUCUAACAAACACUACUGUCUGUUGCAUGGCAUUUAGAAUAAGGCAGAUCUAUAGCAGACGGAGGAAGAAAGCCAAAUGGUACCAGCCAGUUAUGAAGGUGGUUUUGCCUCCAGUACAUUUUGAAGGCCAAUUCCCCAGAGAAGGGUUAGAAAUGGCUCCAGCACUGCAAAUAAACUUUACAAAGAAACAAAGUUUGCUUCCAAGAUUUUUUACCCAGGGCUUUUAACUUAGGGACCCAUAUACCCUGUCUGUGGCAUAAAAUAAAUCACCAUUACUUAGUUCUGGUUUAAUGAAGUGUAGCAUGGCUGGAAAAACCAUCUUGGGAAGACUGUAAUGUUCUGCUUGCCUCGUACUCUAGGUGUGUGCAUAAGCUGUGGGCCCUACCCUAUGUGGCUAUGGCAUCUGUAGCUCAUGGAAGCAGAGUACCCACACACUCCAAGGAACAUGCUCAGAUUCUAGGCCUUCCCUCUGACACAACUGAAAAUUUCUAAGGUUUGGUCAGCCUACACACUUCUUACUUCAUUUGAUGCACACAGCCAAAGUGGGAAUUAGAAAAAUGGCCAACUAGUUACUUCAGAGAGCUUAAACUGAGUUCAUGAUUAUGGCAAACUAUGUCCCAAUUUUUAAAUUUGUACUUUAGCAUGUAUUUCAUGCAAUUUGGGGAACAUCAAACUAAAUCUACAGUUGCUGGAAGCCUCAUUACCUUUUAAUGCACAUUAACUAAAAUGUGUAAAUUUUUAGUGUUCAUAGUAAAUGCAGUUAUGACCUAUUAAACUUUUGGCAUUCUUUAAGAAAGCACAUUAAGCUUCACUAUAGAAAUGUUUAUGUUACACUUAAUUUGUGCUCAAGUAAUAAUAAAACAUCGGUUGGUUUCGAUCUCCUAAUUCUUUCCUCAGGUGUGGCCCAUCUCCUGUACACUCGGAGCGACCUUUGGCUACGUGGCUGGCCUGGUUAGCUCACCACUCUGGAUAUACUGGAAUAGAAAGCAACUUACAUACAAGAGCAAUUAAGAGGAGAAAGGGGAGAAGACAUUUCUUUGUGCAGAUUCCGUAAGGGCUGUGCAGAAAUGUGUAUGGUCAAAGCCAAGCAGUUCCUUUUACAGCACUGUUGUUUUUUUCAAUGUCGGUUCAACAUGGUGUGAUUGUAGCUUUUUAACUAUGAAACCCCUGAGAGAUUGUACCUUCUAGUUGAAAUAAAGUAUUUAUAGUA